AUAUGUAAACCGAUAAACGUCAAACGUCUGCUCUAAAACUCAGUGUAAACACACACAAUUAUUCAUUUAUUAAAUUUAAAAAAAAAACUUUAAUCAUCAUCAGAUACAAUUUAUCAUAAAUUAAAAAAUGAUAAAAUUACAAAAAUAUUAAAACUACUUGUAAUUAUAUUUAUUAAUAGGAUAUUGAUGCAAAACCGGUAAAGUUACUUGGUCAAUGUAACAAAAAAUUAUUACAUACCUAAGUAUAUUAUAAAACAAUGGAAUCAAUAAUAAAUGAACAACGUUAUAAACGUGAACAAGAAGAUUUUGUAUCAAAUCAUGGUGGUAGUACAUCACAAGAAAUACUAUUAGCUUUAUUACCAAAUAUAUGUGGAAUAUUAUUAACAGCAACAAUAAUUGGUUUAUUGAAAAAAAAACCAGACAGAAUAAUACAAACAUGUAUUGAAUUUGUGCUCAAUGUAUUUCCAUGUGUACUUUGUUUUACAAUAUUAUCAAAUUACACAAUAACUGUAUCAAUAAUUAUGAUUGUCAUGUCAAUUAUAAAUUUUUUAAUAAUACUUGAUCGUUCAAAAAAUCAUAAUAUGAAUCAUGAUAAUAAUGUCAAUAGUAAAAAUAAUAAUAAUUUAAUAAAACGUCCAUUUAUAACAAAUUAUCGUGCAUUAACAAAUAUAAUAACAUCAAUUUGUAUAUUGGCUGUUGAUUUUCAAAUAUUUCCACGUAAAUAUGCUAAAACAGAAAUAUAUGGUUAUAGUUUAAUGGAUACUGGUGUUGGAUUUUUUAUAAUAUCAAAUGCACUUGUAUCACAAGAAUCACGUGCAUAUAAUAAUGAAAGACCAAAAUGGUCAAUAUUUAAAAAAUUUAGUGAAAAUACAAAAAAUUGUACAAAAAAUUCAGCAUUUUUAUUACUACUUGGUUUUGGAAGAUUUAUUGCUGUUGAAUUUUCUGGCUAUCAACGUCAUAUUACUGAAUAUGGUAUACACUGGAAUUUUUUUAUAACACUUGCAUUUGUUAAAAUAUUUACAAGCACAAUAUCAAGUGCAAUUAGUACAAAAUAUUCAUUAUUAUCUGGUAUAUGGAUUAUUGGAAUGCAUGAAUAUGCAUUAAGUACCAAAGGAAUUAAAGAAUGGAUACUUGGUGAUUCACCAAGAAAUGAUUUUAUAUCAGCAAAUCGUGAAGGUAUAUUGUCAAUACCAGGAUAUGUUGGUAUAUAUUUUAUUGGUAUUGCUAUUGGUAAAUUAAUUUACACCACAUAUAAUACAAAUAAUUGUCAUUAUGAUAAAACAAAAAAUUAUUAUAAAUCAAAAAAACAACAGCUAUCUAUUAUUUUAUUUGGUAAAAAUAUAAAUAUUCAUUACAACAAAUCAAUGAUACUUUGUAUUAAAUUAUCAUUGAUAAGUGUGCAAUCAUGUGCUGUAACAUUAUUUUGUGAUUUUAAUUUUGGUGUAUCAAGAAGACUUGCUAAUUCUGGUUACUGUUCAUGGAUAAUAACAUUAAGUACAGCUGUUUUGACAUUAUUAUUGUUAAUUGAAAUAAUGACUGAUGUUAUAAAUGUUAUUUGUGCUAAAAAUAGUAUCAAUCAAUCAGCAGCAGCAGCAGCAGCAGCACGUGGCUUAAAUAAAAAAGAUUAUAAAAGUAAAAUUAAAUAUAUGGAAAAAAAUGUCAUUGACGAUGAUAAUCCAUUGAUUUAUCAAUGUCCAGAAAUAUUUGAAGCUGUUAAUUAUAAUGGUCUUGCAUUUUUUUUAAUAUCAAAUUUAUUAACUGGUGUUAUUAAUAUGUCAACAAAAACUCUCUAUGUUGGUACAUGGCAAUCUAUACAAAUUCUUGUUUUAUAUAUUGCUGUUGUUAUAUUUUUUUCAAUAUGUCUAUACAGAUGCCAUAUUCAACUAAAACUUUAAUUAAUUAUUGAUGGAAUCCCUAACUUCCAAUUUGUGUCAGUCAUUAGAUUUUAAAUUUAUUUAUAAUUAUUAAUUAUUUAUAUACCUAUAUAUAUACAACAACUAUGUGUAUUCUA